UCGCGCUUUAUGCCAAUAUCGUCUCUGUUUCUUGCUCCCCUGCAGCUCGACCAACAUGGUGACAAGGUGGCCUGCAUCAUGAUCACGUACCCGUCCACGAACGGCAUCUAUGAGGAGACAAUCUGCGAAGUGUGCGACCUGGUGCACGCGGCGGGCGCCCAGGUGUACCUGGACGGUGCCAACAUGAACGCCCAGGUGGGCAUCUGCAGACCCGGUGACUACGGCUCGGACGUGUCCCACCUGAACCUGCACAAGACCUUCUGCAUACCCCACGGCGGUGGAGGACCCGGCAUGGGACCCAUCGGAGUGAAGGCCCACCUGGCACCGUUUCUGCCCUCGCACCCCGUCGUGGACCCGUGGUCGCUGGGCGGCGGCGGUCAGAGCUCGUUCGGCGUCGUGUGCGCCGCCCCGUGGGGCUCUUCGGCCAUCCUCCCCAUCUCGUGGGCCUACAUCAAGAUGAUGGGGUCGCAGGGGCUGCGACGAGCCACCGAAGUGGCUAUGCUCAACGCGAACUACAUGCGCAAGCGGCUCGAGGACCACUACAAGGUGCUCUACCUCGGAAAGAACGGUUUCGUGGCGCACGAGUUUAUCUUGGACAUGCGGGACUUCAAGAAGACCACCGGCGUCGAGGCCAUGGACAUCGCCAAGAGGCUACAGGACUACGGUUUCCACGCCCCGACGGUGUCGUUCCCUGUCAGCGGUUGCCUCAUGGUUGAACCCACGGAGUCGGAAGACAAGCAGGAGCUCGACCGGUUCUGCGACGCCAUGAUCUCAAUUCGGCAAGAAAUCCAGGACAUCGAGAACGGCAAGUUUGACAUGAAGCUCAACCCUCUCAAGAUGGCGCCACAUCCCCAAAAGGUGGUCGUCAGCUCCAAGUGGGACCUCCCCUACACCAGGGAACAGGCGGCAUUUCCAGCGAAGUUCGUGACGCCGGAGACGAAAAUAUGGCCGACUGUGGGUCGCAUCGACGACAUCUACGGGGAUACCAACCUCAUGUGCAGCUGCCCGCCCAUGGAGACGUACGAGUCGCUCUAGUCAUCCAACCUGUUCGCAUCUUCAACUCCGUUUCGUGCGACCUCUCCGGGAUCCCAGUCAUCAUCGACCGGAACUGCGCUUGAAUAGUAGGCUGGUGUGACCCGGAGACUGGUCCUCGGUGGCAAUGGGCCCGCAUGGCAUCUCCGCAGCAAACAUGCGCCCAAAGUAGCUCUCGGAACAGUGCAGUGCUUGCGGGCUGUUGACGUUAUGUGUAUUAAUGAGCAGCAGGCGGACAGACCUGACCGCGUUUGUUUCCGCGGACUCCCCGAGAAAACGGACGUCUCAAGUUUUUGCGAGUGGCUUUUUUUGCUUUCUCUGCUCAUGUUGGCACUGGAGAUGUUGUUUCGUACGCUGUCAUAUUCGGCAAUAUCGUCAAAUUCCGCUUUGCAGCCAAUCGGAUACGACGUAGCUGCCCUGCGAGCGAAUCGGUGCUCGCAGGAUUACUAAUUUGACAAUGUGACGUAAUUUGACAGUGUCUGAAAUAGUGCCUGGCCGUACGUUCCGAACUCAUUCGCUAGUGGUUGUUGCCGGUUGACAAUAGUAAGACAUCGCGUUAGAGGAGCGUGAACAGAACUGAACUACAUUAGUAAAAUGCUCUACAAGGUGAAGCGCACAAUCAGUAAUGCAUUUGUUAGAUUGUCAACGUGUUGCAGCUAGCGAUUAUUUCCCGUCGCCAUCUUGAGUGCGACUUUUGCGCUUACUUGCGAGUUGUUAAGCAACGCGCGAGCAACUUUCCGCGUCAUACAAACUUCAACUCCCGCCCCUAUCUAAUUUCUGCAUCCGUAUGAAACCUUCAAGGAGAUGCAACGCAACAUUCGUGCGCCUAUAACGACUGUUGGUUCCUUGCCCUCAAAGCGGGAUGCAACUUCCUUGCCCGAUUCAUUAACGACCUAUAGCAUUCUUUGUAGCUUCCUUACGGCGUUUAAAUUGGCGCUGAGUUCUUUUGUGUUCGCGUAAGCAACUCUAAAAAAAAUUGAGGCACCCUUUUUAAUGCACUAACACGUCAGUUUGUUGUUUUCCUGUCUUCCACCUUGCAAUCUUCCGGUCACUUUCUGUUCUUUUGCUCUGAUUCAGCGUUGACAAGCUAUACGUUAGGUGUCCUGUGACGGUGUGAUGCCACAAAGACCUCAUCGCUGUUACUAGAAUGUUUUUUUUUUUUUCGGCAGCUCUGCCUACGAUGUUUCCUGAUAUGCAAAAUUUCUCUCCAGAAUGGUGGGUCUUUUGCUGUGCGCGGUGAGUAAUGUAACUGUCAACGAACCGUUGUUUUGUUUUGACGUGAAUGGAGUUCAUUAGGCCGCAGGCGGAAACAAGUAAAUCCACCCAUUACUCGUCCGUCUGUUCUUAUGCAGAUUUCUAUGCUGCCAUGUGUACAUCCUUUGUAAAUUAUAUAUGUUUAUUGUAAAGGAAGUUUCCUACAUGCCGUCACAGAUGUGUCACUUGUGUGUUU